GCUGCGGGAAUGACUCCAGGAGAGCUGUACUUCGCUCAGAAUCUUUGUUUGCCCGCCGAUUUAUUACGUGGCAGUUUUCCUAAAACUGAGGAGGUUAAUUCUCUUGAGGACUAUUUAGGAAAAGUGAAAAGAAAGUUAGAAGAGAUCCAUAAAACUGUAAGGAAAAGAGUAGAUAUCAGAUCUUCGCAAACAAAAUCCUGGUACGAUCAAAAAGCCAGGCAAAUCCAUUUUAAGGAAGGGCAGAAGCUCUGGCUGUAUAAUCCUCGGAGGAAAAAAGGAAGAACACCAAAGUUACAGAGCAAUUGGAAAGGUCCAUAUUAUGUAGUUAAGAAAUUAAGUGCCAGUAUAUACUGUAUUCGCAAGUCGAACAAAUAUAAAAAUAAAGUAGUACAUUCAGAUAGACUAGCACCUUAUGCGGAAAGACAAUCGGAUUCAUAA